GGCGCGGGCCGGGGCGGGGGCCGGGGCCGGGGCCGGGGCCGGGGCUGCGGCCCCAUCGUCCUUCUGAAGCCCCUGGAGCGAGGAGCGUGGGCGAGGACGAGGCUGAGCGGGGCCGGAACCAUGAACCGGAGUUUCCACAAGUCUCAGACCCUGCGUUUCUACGACUGCAGCGCGGUGGAAGUCAAGAGCAAGUUUGGGGCUGAGUUCCGAAGGUUCUCUUUGGACCGUCAAAAGCCUGGGAAGUUUGAAGACUUCUACAAGCUGGUCGUGCACACACACCACAUCUCCAACACCGAAGUGACCAUUGGCUACGCGGAUGUGCAUGGCGACCUGCUGCCCAUCAACAAUGAUGACAACUUCUGCAAGGCGGUCUCGAGCGCAAACCCUCUGCUCAGGGUGUUCAUCCAGAAACGAGAAGAGGCCGAGCAUGGCAGCUUCGUGGCGGGCUCCCUGUCCAGGAGGAGGAAGGCACUGGCACUCCGGGAGGAUGGCCCACGCCGGCGCCCGCACCUGCACAUCAGCAUGCCCCAUGACUUCCGCCCCGUGUCCUCCAUCAUUGACGUGGACAUCCUCCCUGAGACACACCGCCGUGUGAGGCUGUACAGGCAUGGCUGCCAGAAGCCACUGGGCUUCUAUAUCCGCGAUGGCAUGAGUGUGCGUGUGGCUCCCCAAGGGCUAGAGAAGGUGCCAGGCAUCUUCAUCUCUCGCAUGGUGCCCGGCGGCCUCGCAGAGAGCACCGGGCUGCUGGCCGUGGAUGAUGAGGUCCUGGAGGUGAAUGGGAUCGAGGUGGCUGGGAAGACACUGGACCAGGUCACGGACAUGAUGAUCGCCAACAGCCACAACCUCAUCGUCACAGUCAAGCCGGCCAACCAGAGGAACAAUGUGGUACGUGGCAGCCGCGCAUCUGGCAGCUCUGGCCGGUCCUCAGACAGCACAGCCAGUCGCCACAGCCUGCCCGUGGCCCACGUCCUACAGAACUUGCACCCUGACGAGAUGGAGAGUGAUGAGGAGGCCGAUGUCGUCCUCGAGGGCGUCCUGGAGCCCCGGCUGGUCCCCAGGCCACCACCGGGCAGCCUUGCGCGGGUCAACGGUGCCAGCCUGGCACCCGGACUGCACAGCCCUGGGCGGGAAGGCAGCGGCAGCGUCCAUAGGCUGCUCAGCUCCCUACGGUCUGACCCCCGCCACAGCCUGGCCCUGCCCCCAGGAGGGGUGGAAGAGCAUGGGCCAGCAGUCACCUUGUAGGGCUGGGCUCCUGGGCCGCCUCGGGAACUAGGGGCAGCUGCGAGAGCCGCGACCACAGUUAGGUGCACAGGGAUUAGGUCAACUUUCUGAGGGGAAGUACUUUUUAAACUUUUAUUCCAAUUUUAAAAUAAGAAAAAUAAUUGUAUACUUCUCCCCGCUUUUUUAUUAUUUUUAUUUAUCCUUCCCUUUUCUCCCACAAGCCUACUCUUUAUUUCCACUUAUGGAUAGCAAAUAAAAAUACUGUCUAUUUUUAUAGAAUUUCUCCACAGAACAUAAAAUACACGCGCACGCACAUGCACAGACACCAUCUGUACUGGGCCGGGGCAGGUCCCAGCACCUUUGUAAAGCACAGAAAAUACUUCACUUUUAAAUUUUAAAAAUACUUCAUUUCUUGAAAUGAGGCUUUAAAAUUACCUUUUUAAAAUAGUCAGAUUCAUGUUUUUAACGUAACCCGCGCAGAAACCCCCUGAGGUAUUGGCACAGCUUCCCGGCCUCCUGCUGACGAGCACAGGUUCUGCUGAUGGGGUGGACUGGUGGGGAGGCAGGCAGAGAACAGAUGCCCCAGCCCUGGAGUGGGUGUGACCGGAAGGUGGGUUUCAGGUUCCGCCUUGUCCGUGGUCAGUUGGAGCAGCCAGAUGGGGGCUGCGCCAGACCUCGUGGGGAAGGAGGUCGGCCGUCCUGCCCCGGGGGAGAGCCUCACGGGGGCCGCCAGCUCUCUGGGUCGGAAGGUCACAUGCAGCAAUGCCGUUUGUGGCCAAAAGCCAGUGUUUUCUCUCAGACAAAACUAGUCUUUUCCAGUGGAUUGACCAAGGGCAGUUUUAGAACGUUUCCCGAAGAAAUGGCUGAGCCACCACCGCCUCCGGACAGUCACCUGUGUGUAUAGACAGUUGUGUAGGUUCUGCCAUCUUUUCAAAUAACAAGUCACAUUGAACUUAGUGAUUUUUAACACAGAGUAAAUGCAUUGUCACUUCCUUUUGAUCUUGUAGCAAUAUUUACAUAUUUAGUAAUUUUAAAAGUUUAUUCAUGUUUGAUCCAAUUAAAUUUCAUAUGAAGUGUCCUUUCUGUUUAAAUCCGACAUCGAAGAGGAAACAUUUGCUGACACUGUGAGAACCGAAUUCCGACCCGGUAAGGCUCCGAGCCCCAGCGAUGUGGCCACGCCCUGCUGGCUGGUGGCAGCGCCGUACUGAGUUCACAGCUGUCAGGCUGAGAGCAUGGAAAACAGUGUAUCUCAACGUGUUGAUUUUUCUUGAAUUCAUUAAGUGAAAAGCAAAUUAUUUUUCUUGUUUAUUGGACAGAAAUAGCUUUUUUAGCGUGGUUGCAGUUUCCUGGGCCCAGGUUUGACUUUGUCACUUGUAUGCCAGGGUCACUGUCUGUCUGUUCCUAAGCACAGGGAAGACCAAAGAUGCCCCCUCGAGGUCUGGGGCGCCAGGACCCACGUCUGUGGGCUCCAGUGAACCACACGAGCCUCCUCUGCGGCAGGAAGUGCUUUUUCACUGACAAGUGUCUAGAACCAGAAUUCUGACACAAAGUGAACAUCAGGAAGGAGCUGUUCUUUUACUGAGUUAUUGCUGGGUUUUGAAUAUUUUGGUGAAUAACUGGGUCUGUCACCAAGAAGGAAAGCUGUAUUUCUUACCAUGUCUUAAGUUGUUAAGCAAAUGUGAGUAAUUUUUUUAAAGAAAAAGGAAAGAGGCUACUGAGAUUUCUGUGCUGUUGUCGUAACAUAGGGAGCUGAGCCGCUUGGAAGCUCCUUGAGAGCAUCUUUCUACCCAGGUCCAAACUUCUGCCAUUUUCUUCUUAAAAAACAAACAAAAAAACUAUGUUGUAUAACACAUUAAAGUUUUCUUGGUUUUAUAUAUCAAAGAAUAAAAUCUUUUUCUUGCUUUUA